AUGUCAGCCCUUUGCGCUGACGGGCAAUGGCUUAAUUUCUUUACAGCUAAGGAUGGGUGGCGUGUUGCACUAAAUGAGACAGGAGGAGCGCUCUCUACGUCCCUUCGCGCCCACACGGCACCAAAGGGCGCCAGGGACCCAUCCCCGGGCAAAAGCCGCCUAGAAGGGCCACCCCAGGCCGGCGGGACCCAGGGCGGUUUUACAGAAUUUUUGGAUCCAUUCCAGCGGGUUAUCCAGCCAGAAGAGAUCUGGCUGUAUAAAAAUCCUUUGGUGCAAUCAGACAACAUACCUACGCGUCUUAUGUUUGCAAUUUCAUUUCUUACGCCACUAGCAGUCAUUUUUGUGGUGAAAAUAAUCCGGCGAACAGACAAGACUGAAAUUAAAGAGGCUUUCUUAGCUGUUUCCUUGGCUCUAGCACUGAAUGGCGUCUGCACAAAUACUAUUAAAUUAAUAGUGGGAAGACCGCGUCCCGAUUUCUUUUACCGCUGCUUUCCAGAUGGAGUAAUGAACUCUGAAAUGCACUGCACAGGUGAUCCAGAUCUGGUGUCUGAAGGCAGAAAAAGCUUUCCAAGUAUCCACUCUUCCUUUGCAUUUUCAGGCCUUGGCUUUACCACCUUCUACUUAGCUGGAAAGUUACACUGCUUCACGGAAAAUGGCCGGGGGAAGAGCUGGCGGCUUUGUGCAGCAAUUCUCCCGCUCUACUGUGCCAUGAUGAUUGCCCUGUCACGUAUGUGUGAUUACAAACAUCACUGGCAAGAUGCUUUCGUUGGAGGGAUCAUUGGCCUCAUUUUUGCUUAUAUUUGCUACAGACAACACUACCCUCCUUUGGGUAAUACAGCUUGUCACAAAUCUUACGUCAGCCUGCUAGAUCAGAACCCUGUGAAGAAAGAAGAGAGACCUACAGCAGAUAAUGCUACUGGCCUGCCUCUAGAGGGAAUAACUGAAGGUCCUGUAUGA